AUGCCCCGUGCGCCACGCAGAUCAACUCCUGCGGCGGGUGCUCUGGCCGGGAUUCCAGGAGUUACGGCCAAUCAUCAAGAUCCUGUGGAAAACCCUGUCAGGGUCAUAGAACCAGCAGGUGCUACAUCGCUUGGCAGCAACUUGCCAACAUUCGCUGAAGUUGUCCAAAGACCCAUACAAGCUGCAGUCCCAAAGUCUGGCACUCUACAGGUUAAUCCUAUCAAGGAUGUUCAGGUUCUAGGUAGUAGUUUGCAUGAGGGAGCCGAUGUGGAAAGGAAUAAAUCUGAACAAGUACCUGCCCCGACAGCCGCCCCCCCAAACGUUAAUGUACCUGUCCAGGAGGCUCAGUUCGCGGUGGACAGCACUUCGGCCGUGAUGGUUAAUGUGAAAGCAAAGAAAUCCAAACUCAAUGUCGAAGGCAAGACGUCCAAACGGGCUGUUGAGGCACUCCCGACGCAUGACCAAACGGCUGGUAUUUCGAAGGCCUUUUCUGUCCGCGAGGAUGUUUGGACUGCAGUGGAUCAAAUUUCCGAUGGGAUGACUGCUGUCAAAGGCAAGAAAUCCAAACUUCAUCGCCAAACCCCCUCCAUCACGGGCUUUAGUUGUAAAACGGUAAAUCUUGGAAACCCGCCAGACUGCAAGGUGACUCGUGCUCCGGAAGCCGAACCAAGUAUUCGCCCAGCCCGAAAGCUCAAAACUAAGCGCCGAGCUCCCGUUAUCACCGAAAUCAAGGAAAGUUCUGACAAAGAAAUCAAGAAAAUUGUGGAGGAUAGUCAAGCCAUAUGCAAAGUCCCUCGCUCCGCCACCACUUCCCAAGGCCCAACCCCAAAGCUCAAAACUAAGCGCCAAUCUUCAGACAAAGGCAACCAGAAAAACGCUGAGAACGCUUGA